CAAGCUGAGAUAUUCAGUAUCGAAUAUAUACAAGUUUUUACACUACAGCAAAAUGUCCCAAUGCUCAAAACUAUAUUUAUACGAAUAUUUACCUGGGGAAGUUUCGGAUUUUUCACCAAAUGUUGCUCCAGCAAAUACACACUAUUACAUUAAAUCCGAUUUAGGACCGGAUCAACAAGAAAAGAUCGACCAACUUAAAUUGGAAACACUCAAGGAGAAUCAUAAAUAUUUAAGUGAGCACCCUGAAGUAAAAGCAAUCAUUUAUAUAUUAUUAGAACGACUUCUGAAGAAAAGACCUGGUACCAAUAUUGCAUCUUUUAUAGCUAAUUAUUUUCGUAAGCAAAGUUUAAUGAAUCUUAACGGAGAUAUUGCGAAAUAUUGUAGACGAAGGAACAUCCCCUUGAAAUCUGGUUCAGGUUUAUGGAAUGAAGGAAAUAAUUGACUUAUAUAUAUGUCUGCCUAAAACUCUAUUUAUUUAUAUGCAGUAUCGCCAACAAUUUUUAUUUUUAAGAUACUAUCUAAUAAAUUAUUUCAAAUAA